GCGGACAGCGAUGAUGGGACAGUUGUGCUGGGUGUAGUCAAUGACAGGAUGGAUAUCAGCGGGAUCCUCUCUAUUGCUGCUGUCCUUCUUUUCUCUAUCACUGUCUACGGCGAGGCAGGACAAAGCGCUGUGUACCUGAAUACGCUGCAGAUUUCAGGUCCUCUGUCCUGCUCUGAGGGCUUCACUGAGCUGGGUUAUUACAAUGGAUCUGUGUCUCAGACAGAUUCUGGCUCUUCCUGUCUAAAAUGGACAGACUUUCCAGACUACAUGCUGCAGUACCCCAACCGUGGACUGGGCGACCACAACCAAUGUAGAAACCCUGACCGUGAAUCCAACCCCUGGUGCUUUUUCAGACAGAAGUCAGGAGCCAUCGGCUGGGCCUACUGCGACUGCCACCAGGGUGAGGCGCGGUUGGUGGGGGGUUCAUCUAAUAAGAGUGGUCGUCUUGAGGUGUAUCUAAAUGGCCGGUGGGGAGCAGUGUGUGACACCCACCUGACUGAUCGAGAUGCCAGUGUGGUCUGUAGACAACUGAGGCUUGGUGAAAUCGGCACUGCGCUUCGACAUUCCUAUUUCGGACCCGGUUCUGGUCUCUUUCACUUUGAACGUCUUGGCUGCCAUGGCAAUGAAGAUUCUCUGCUGAAGUGCCGGAGCAGGAAGUAUGUCUCUGGUGACUGUAACCAUGGAAAUGAGGCCGGAGUGGUGUGUGCAGUACCUGAGGGCAAUGGUGCCCCCCUGAGGCUCGUGGGAGGCCUUGAGGAUUUCGAGGGGCGUGUGGAGGUGUACCAUAAUGGGAGGUGGGGUACUAUCUGUGAUGACGAAUGGGAUGAUAUUGAUGCUGAAGUGGUUUGCCGACAGUUGGGAUUGGGUGGUGUACCAAAGGCAUGGACCUGGGCGCACUUUGGGCAGGGCACUGGGCCUAUCAUGCUGGAUGGAGUGCACUGCACAGGAAAUGAGCUGUCUCUGGAGGAAUGCCCUCAUGUGCCCUGGGGCCAGCACAACUGUGAUCACAUGGAGGAUGCUGGAGUCUCGUGCAACCCGUUUUCAGAUGGAGUGUUGCGUCUAGUAGGAACUGAUAGCCCAUGGGAAGGACGUCUUGAGGUUUAUCACGCUAGAGAAUGGGGCACAGUGUGUGAUGACAACUGGACCGGACGUCACGCCCAGGUGGUGUGUCGACAGCUGGGUUAUCAAGGGCGAGCUGAGGUGGCUCCAGAUGGGAUGUAUGGAGAAGGUACAGGGUUGAUCCUGCUGGAUGAGGUGACAUGUGAAGGGGGAGAGAGCUCUCUGCUGGACUGUGCUCAUGGUCAGUGGGGGCAGCAUGACUGCUCUCACAAUGAGGAUGUGGGCAUACGCUGUGAAAGAGAAGGACAGAACAAUGAGAUCCCUGAAGUGGCUCUUGCCACAGGUCCACUGGUGAGGCUGGUGGAUGGCGAGAGCCGUAAGGAGGGCCGCGUAGAGGUCUUUAUUAAUGGCCAGUGGGGCAGCGUGUGUGAUGAUGGUUGGAAUGACAUCAACGCUGGAGUGGUCUGCAGACAGCUAGGAUUUGUUGGGGUCUCGAAGGCCCGCUCCAUGGCUUAUUUUGGUGAGGGUCAGGGACCCAUCCAUCUGGAUAAUGUGAAGUGUGUUGGGACAGAGGCUUCGUUGGGGGAGUGUUCAGCUGUGGGUCCGGACGCCCAUGAUUGCAGGCACAGUGAGGACGCGGGGGUCAUCUGUGACUACACCACUGAACCUGUAAAGUACAGAAGCAUGAGCAAGCAGGAAUGUGGUUUGAGACCCAACACACAAAGGCGCAGGAGAAGGAUCAUUGGAGGAGACAAGUCUCUACGGGGUGACUGGCCGUGGCAAGUAUCUCUGUGGCUGAGGUCUCAAUCGAAAGGCACCCAUCCACUUUGUGGGGCGACUCUCAUCAAUUCCUGUUGGGUCAUUACUGCUGCUCAUUGCUUCAAGAGGUUUGGUUCAGACCCCUCCCGUUACGUGGUGCGGCUCGGCGACUACCACACAGAGGAGAGGGAUGACUUUGAGCGCACUCUUUCUCCUGAGCGCAUCGUGAUCCACAGGAAGUACCACAGCCAGGGCUGGGAGUAUGAUAUUGCCUUAUUGAAGCUGAAGGGCUCAGAUGGGAAUUGUGUGGCCUUUAACCCGCACACUAAUGCAGUUUGCCUUCCGCCUCAGAGCAACAGGAGGGGCAAGAGGCCUGUCGCCUGUGUUAUCACCGGCUGGGGAAUUACAGACUCAGAGUAUUCCCGAACACUGCUGCAAGCCUGGGUUCCGUUACUGCCCUCCUGGAAGUGUAAAAAACGUUACGGCAGUCGCUUCACCAGCCGCAUGUUGUGUGCCGGCAGCUUGUCGAACCAUCACCGUGUGGACAGUUGUCAGGGUGACAGUGGGGGGCCACUUGUGUGCCAGGGUGAGGCUGGCCACUGGAUGCUCACAGGAAUCAUCUCCUGGGGUCACGGUUGUGGCGACCCCACCUAUCCCGGUGUGUACACACGGGUCGGCCGGUUCCUGAAGUGGAUAGAGAAAGUCACCCACAGCACUGGCAAAGCGUGAUGUUACAGUGUUGACAUUAAAACCACUUACCGCAUUGUAUAAAAUAUAUUAUGUAAUGCCUAUGAAGGGGUUACCAGCUGGCCAUUAGGUUUAAAGCUGGUUUGAUCCUGUUUUAUGUGUUGCACAUUUUACUACUUGCACCAUGCCAUUUCAAUUCCAUUUCUGUACACUUGAAGCAUUCGUGAACCUGCACAAGAACAUGAAGCCAC